AUGUUGCAGGCGUUGAAACUGCACAGAACUCUUGGUGCCAAUCGCUCAUCUGCCACCGUUUUUAGGCAAUAUGCGAGUUCUACUACAAAACAGCACAAGAGCUCUAUUGGCUUGAAACUUGCAGGAACGGCAUUAGUUGUAUCGACAGCUGCUGGAGGAGUCGUAUAUUAUGGACUUAACGACAAAGCUUUCCAUGAUACAUUUGUUGAGCAUGUGCCUCACGGUGCAGCUUUUCUUGGAUACUUUGAAGACCUCCGAAGCAAACAUGAUGUUGAUGCGUACCGAGAUCAAGCUGCGACGUGGAAGAAACAAGUGGAAGAUUACAGUGGACAGGCACAGAAUGCAGUCAAUGGUGUAUAUGAUUAUGCCAGUGAUGCCUAUCUCAAACUGACUGGACAAAAACAAGUUCAAGCUGAAGCACCAUUGAUCAAAGAUGAAAAGCCAGUCAAGGUGGAUGCUGGAAGUGCUACCAUCACCACAGAUGCUACAAGUACAACUCCAACAAUCGAUACAACAAUCGAGAAACCUGAACCCAUUAUCAUCAAAAAGAUCAACUCGGAUAAUGCUGUCAUUCACGAAUUAACCCAAGUGUUGGUGGAACUUGCGACUAUUCUCAACGAUGCCAACUUGGCUGAUAAAGGACGAGAUAUGAUGGCAGAAGCAAUGGAGCGUCUUCAGGAUCUCAAUAACAGUUACAAAGGACUUGGGCUUGAGCGAAGUGCGAUUUUGAACGACUUGAUUCAGCUGAAAACGAAAGCCAACACCAUCGCCACCAACCUCAGUAAUUAUCGGGAUGAUACAGCAAAAUCCCUUGAGAACAUCCAUGUUAAAACAGCCAGCAAUCUUCAGGACAGCGAAGAGACCCUUUUAAAUGAGAAUGAACAAGAACGUACGAACAUGAGAAAGAUGCUUGCAGAGCUUGUAGCACAGGAACUUGAUGCACAAAAGAAGCGAUUGGAGAAUGACCAUUCCGAAGCUUUAUUACGCCAGGCUGCUCAGUUGAAGGAUGAAUUUGUUCGCCAAGCCAAAUAUCUUGUGGAAAAGGAAAGAGCGGGGCGAUUAGGCAAACUCGAGACAAUCAAUGGACGAUUCAGUGCUUUGGAAAACCUCUCACUGAAGAAUGCAGCCGAACUUGACAAGUCGAGAAUUUCACAUUUGAUGCAUAUCACCUUUGGUGCUUUACAAGAUGCGAUUGAGAAACCCCAGAAGGUCAGCUUUGUGAGCGAACUUGAAGCAUUCCGUAGCAGUGCCGAAGGCGACGCAUUGUUACGCGUGGUUUUGGAUACUAUUCCUCGAGAGGUUGCUGAAGAAGGUGUGGAAAGCAUGCGUGAUUUGACGGCCAGAUUUGAGCUUGUAGCCGACCAAGUCAGACAAGUUGCACUUGUCCCUGAAGAUGGUGGUUUUGGUUCCCAUAUCAUCAGUAUGAUCAUGGCCAAGCUGAUGUUCCGCAAGCAAGGUUUAGUACAAGGAAACGACAUCGAGGCUAUUUUGGCGAGAUCUGGAUAUUAUUUGAAAAACGGUGAUCUGGAAAAUGCAGCUCGUGAAUUGAAUCAACUUACUGGCUGGCCUAAGCGGUUGGCAUGUGACUGGAUUGAAGCAGCUCGCCGACACCUUGAAAUCAAGCAGGCAUUGCAGGUUGCAGAGACGACAACUGUUCUUAACAGUUUACUGGAGGCUUAG